CCCUACAUUGUGUGUGGGAUCCAACCGCACUGUUCUUGCAGUCUACAUGCCAGCACAGAGGGGAGACAAACUGCGAGGAAAGCGACUCGCCGACUCUCGACUAGCUUUUGAGACUUUUUGAUAAACCGAUGAACUUUUUGUCCAUGUCACCGUCACACCUGAAGCCAGGACAGCCAGCGGCCCGCAGCAAAGCUCUUUGCCUUCUCUACGGAUUAAUAUAACCAGACCGGGAUUGGAUAGCCUGGUUAUGGAUUUUAACCUCCUGACGGAUAGCGAUGCCCGCAGCCCGGCGCUGUCGCUCUCCGACUCUGGAACUCCGCAGCACGACCAGGGAUGUAAAGGCCAAGAGAGUAGUGACACAGAGAAAUCCCACCCGAACCAGCUGGAUGAAUCCAGUACUGAUGACGGCUCACUGAAGAAGAAGCAGCGCAGGCAGCGAACUCACUUUACCAGCCAGCAGCUCCAGGAGCUGGAGGCCACCUUUCAGAGGAACCGCUACCCUGAUAUGAGCACCAGAGAGGAGAUUGCAGUAUGGACCAAUCUCACAGAGGCACGGGUCAGGGUUUGGUUCAAGAACCGGCGUGCCAAGUGGAGAAAGCGGGAGAGGAACCAACAGGCCGAAUUGUGCAAGAAUGGCUUUGGUGCCCAGUUUAACGGACUCAUGCAACCUUAUGAUGAUAUGUACACGGGUUACUCGUACAACAACUGGGCCACUAAGAGUUUAGCGAGCAGCCAACUCUCCGCCAAGAGCUUCCCAUUCUUUAACUCGAUGAAUGUAAGCCCCCUGUCGUCGCAACCCAUGUUCUCUCCCCCUAGCUCCAUCCCCUCGAUGAACAUGGCCUCAAGCAUGGUGCCCUCGGCCGUGGCUGGAGUUCCUGGCACAGGCCUCAACAACUUGGGGAACCUUAACAAUCUCAACAGCCCAACGGCACUCAACUCAGCGGCAGCCACAUGCCCAUACGCUGGCACAGCCGGCCCAUAUAUGUACAGAGACACCUGCAACUCCAGUCUGGCUAGUCUGCGACUUAAGGCCAAGCAACACACCAACUUCACGUAUCCCACUGUGCAGAAUCCUGUGUCCAACCUGAGCCCCUGCCAGUAUGCUGUCGACCGGCCAGUAUGAAGAGGAAGCUCCGCUCUCAGUUCUCGAGUGACCCGCUUCAUAUAUCUUCAGUUCCAUCUCAAAAGUGCGUUGCAGACUGACAGACUAAAGCCAAAGGGGCAGACAAUUUCUCCAAACUGAUACAAGAAAUGGACAUGCCCGUGAUGGACCACCCUGGCGCAAAGGAAUACUCACAUUGUUUGUGAGACUUUGCCGACUGACCAACUGCAAGCAUUUCUGAAAAACAAAACAAACACAACGCCCCAUCUCCCCCACACCCGCUUUCAAAAUGGCAUUUUUCUAAACUGCAUUAUUAAAGUAAACUUAGUGACCGAGGGGAAAUGAAGAUGGCUUCAAUUGGACUCACGCUGUAGAUCUUCUUUAUGCUUCGACUGCAGGAUAAGGAACCUGUGGUUUUAGUGUUGGAAAAUUUCUUGGAUGUAUAUAACAGACUCUUUUCAGUUUUGUAUGUGAGAACAAUAGAUAUGAAAACAGUACUUUAAACAUGACAAAAGCAUGUUCCUCAAAUACAAAGCCGUAGGGUUUAUGUACAAAGAGACAUCCUUUGGGGAAAUUAAUACUUCUGUUGUGAAUUCCGUUCCCCGCGGGAAGGUCAGAGGUCAAAGGCCAAUUUAGACAAGCAAGAGGGGGGCAGUACUGGAUUACGAAAACAUCCAGUUCAAUGCAACAAAUAGGAGUACCAUCAACCUUUUUAACACGAAAAGCCAUUGGUUGUAUUGAUUUGUGUGGUGUUAUACAAAGGGAGUCUGUGACAGUCAAAUAUAUGUAAGAGUGAAGUUGUUAUAAGAAAAAAACUGUUUUUCCCCCCCUGAUGUAGCCUACUUUGUCUCAUUAAAGAACAAACCAAAAGAACAGCUUCUCAUAGAAAUUGCAAUUCACUCAAAUAUUGCUGCAUGUCAAUGCUGUCAUCAAAUUGCAAUGUGCAUGAAAAAAAUGAAUCAUUUUAGGAUUGAUGGUUAAUGCAUAAGAGCAUAUUGAAGCAAUUGUAAAUUAUAUUCACUGGGGCAGGUGCUAUAAUCUAAAUUUUAAUUGAUAUACUUUAAACAUAACAUAUACAUGCUAUCGAUACAACAAUUUAAAUCCUGUUCAUAUCUAUUUACAAAAUCAAAAACAGCUGACCACUUUCUCGUCAUGUUUGACAUGUUUCUACAUCUGAACGAAUCACGAAGGUGAUUAAGUACAAAUUUAAGAUGACUACAGUACAGUGAUUACCGUAUACCAUUUUGGCAAUUUUAUAUAUUCUGUAUAUUUUUUAAAUCAAAUCUUAAAGGCUCCUAUGACAUGUUGGUUAUUAAUGAACAUUUAAAUAAUUUGAUCCAAGGUCAAACUAGUGACAUUUUAAUACAAUUA